UUUGUUCGACAUCAUUGGAGAUGACUUUAAGUUUCUCUCUUAGGGGGAAUCUGGCAAGUUGAGAAUCAGUUGUGUCUUUGCAGUUUAGCAAAUGUGACUUCGACUCACUUCCCUUAUCAGCAAUCGAGAAUAACUUGUCAACUGCCGUGUUUGGGUGACCAAGUUUGAUUAUCUCGGUGAUACCUGGGCAGUCCAUUACUGUGGAACGUUUUAAUCAUACCUGAUCGGAAUCUAGAGUAAAUGAAAACUGAAACAGGAUGGCUUCCAAUGUUGAAGACACACUGAUGAAACUAGACAGACUUCACAGUGUGGACUACAAAAAUGAUGAAGUGCAACUGAUAAAAUCUAAAAUAGAGGGAAUCGUUCAUCAGAUUUCAAAUAGGAUAGGGGAAUUGAAUCCCAUCCUUUCUAACUCUGUUGUCCAUUGUGGCAGUUUUUAUCACAACAGUAAAAUCAAUGCACCAGAUGAAUUUGAUUUCCUGUUGGUUUUAAACAAGUUUUCUCAGCCAGGUGUGUGCUCUUGUAAGCCAUUUGAAGAUCCAGAGUACACACAUUUGGUUUCUCUAGAGAUUGACAACACAAAAUUGAAUUGGAAUCCGCAGAGUGUGUUGGAAUGGGAAGAGGAUGCUGCCAAUAAACAGACAUUAUUACAAGCAACAAUUGACAGUGAAUACCGUAAUGCUGUUUGCAGUUGCUUAGCAACUAUGUCAUUGCCAGAUGGCAUCUCACUUACCACAUCACAGAAAUCUGUAAGAAGGAGAUUUGAAGGUGGGGAAGAAUUUCUGGCCAACUUUAAGUUCUCUGGACCAGCUCUUACACUGUUACUCAACUGGAAAGGAGUAUACUACCCUAACCUUAACAUAUCUGUUGAUGUGACCUAUGUAAUUGCUAUGAGGGGCCUACCAUCAUUUUGCAAUCUUGACAAACGAUUACCAAGUGAACAUCUGAUAGUAAAAGCUGGUUUAUGUGCUGAUGCCAGUCAUGAAUUGUUGUAUUGUCGCAUGUUAGAUGACACAUGGAAGCAAACAUGUAGUGUUCUAGAAAAUAAGAUCAUCUGUUUUUGGUUCAAAGAGAAUGAUGCAAGCAAUGUGUGCUAUAGGCUGCUGAAAAUAAUCCGCAAUCUUGUCACACCAGUUGACCAGCUUGGAGAGGCAUUUUUAAAAACAUAUGCCUUGAAAACUUUAUUUCUUUAUGAAUGUGAACAAUUCCCAGAUUCAAAGUUUUGGAGGACAGAUGAACCAUCAACACACCUUUUAACAAUCUUUCAAAAGCUUUUGUGUGCAAUUCAAAACAGGUUCCUUCCCAAUUAUUUUAACAAGAAUCAAAAUGCUUUGUGCUAUCCUUUAGAUUCUCGACCUGAAGAUGAAAAUGAAGAGGGAGAAAACAAAUUUAUCAGCAGUGUAUAUGAAGCCAUGUGUAAAAUAAUAGAAGAUAUAAUAAGUUCACUGGAAAAAGGACUAGCUAGUGAACAAACGUUGAAGUUUUAUUUUGAGCCAGGGCAGAAAAUUGUUAUUAAAGAUCCUGAUAUACGGGAUGCCUUGGAGAAAGAAAAUUAAUGAAAAAUAAUGAAAAUGGAAAUAACUAAUUGCAGUAAUGGAAAAUAGCAAAAAGUAAUACAAAGCUAUUGUAAAGAAAGAUUAAUUAUGCUCUGAAUCCUCCCCUACCUUUCGACUCCUAAACAAUGUUAUUCCACAGGCAGCCCAAACUCUCAUUGAGAGGAAGCUAGUGUGUUUGAUAUUUUUCAUUUACAUGUUAAAUGAGGCAGAAAAUUUUGUUUGAGUGAAGUAAUAUUGCAAACAUAGUUGAAACUGAUACAGGAGAUGAGUGCAGAGCUCUCCCCCCUCCCCCCAACCACUGCAAGGCCGAGUUGCCAAACAAAUAUACCUUGUUUUAGCCAGAGAGUUGAUGUUGUACUUAAACCUGAAGGACUGUAAUAGCCACUGUAGUGCAUUAGUUUACUGCGUCAUUUUGGAACAAUGUACUUUUGAUUAGUUGUUUUGAUUGUUAUCUUGAUUCAGUCUGGGUGAAAACAGUUUUGCAUACUUGAAUAUUAAUUUUGUGCCAUACAUUUUUCUUGUUCAUACAAGUUAAUUUGUUAAGUUUGUAUCUCAACAACAUGUAUCAAAACUACUUUGCAUUGAAACAACCAGUUUCCUUGGGUCUAUGGUUAAUUACUUGCAUUACCUUCAGCCAUGAGGAAUGUGGCACAUUAUAAUGAUUUGUCACUGAGGAAUAAUGUAUAAGUAGUUUGUAAUUAAAG